UGUAGCAAGUUCUGAUUGGUUCUUUUCCUACGGAGUGUCAGACUCGCCUUGUUAUGAUUGGAUACUAGGAACCGAUGACGUAGCCCAAACAGGUUCUUGGCUUCCUCGGUGAAUGAUGGCGGAGGAUGAGGGCUGCAGGGCAAUGCUGCGGGAGCGGAAGGGGCAAAGUGGUGGAGAGGAAGUGUCCCUGGACAGCGCCUCUACCCCGGAGCCGAACGGCACAAUGAAUGCAGCACAGUAUACGCGGCAGCUGCAGGAAUGGCUCUGGCAAUGUUACUGUGGCUCCAUAUGCUGGCAGAGCAGCUGCGCCACUACCACGGCUUUUCUAAUGAUGAACGCGGCCUCCAGCAGCACCGGGGAGCAACCUGGCAGAGCGGCCAUCAGCAGCAGCAGGAGAGCGACCGGCACAACUCCUACAAGUGGCGGCACAGGAAGCAGUGUCACAGCAGCCGGUCGUGAAUAUGUUAUUCCUACCUUGGCACAGAGGUUCAGAGCUGAAAUGGUGGAUUUCUUCAUCCUGUUUUUCAUAAAAGCAGCUUUUAUCUUAAGUAUAAUGCAUAUUAGUGGAAUCCAAGACAUUUCCAAGUUUACUAUGCAGUACAUCAUUGAAGAAGUAGAUGAGGACACCUCAAUGGAAGAUUUGCAGAAGAUGAUGGUGGUAGCACUUAUCUACAGAAUAGUGGUGUGCUUCUAUGAGAUAAUUUGCAUUUGGGGGGCAGGAGGAGCAACCCCAGGAAAGUUCCUGCUGGGCCUGAGAGUUGUGACAUGUGACAGUUCAGUGCUUAUUGGUCCAAACCGAGUUCUAGUUGUUCCUUCAACAAAUGUAAACCUGACUUCAUCAACAAUACGAGCUGUGAUCAAGAACUUCUCCAUUGCCUUUUUCUUCCCUGCAUUUAUCACUUUACUGUUCUUCCAACAUAACAGAACAGCUUAUGACAUUGUGGCUGGUACCAUAGUUGUAAGAAGAAAUGGGAGAUGAUCCAAGCAGUGUGCAGCCUGUGGCAGUUUACAUCUAGAUUGUAUUUGGGAGAGUCCAUUCCAAGGGCUUGUACAAUCAGUAUAAAAUCAGUACUACAAAAGAGGAGUAUUAUUCAGCACUUACAGAAGGUAAUGGCUAUUUGGGUUUCAGUUCAAUGUAGACCAUAUUUUAGUUUUUCGUUGUCAGACAUAAGAUUGUGUGAGUCUGGGAUUGGAGAAUCAAAUGUCGUCUUGCACUCCAUUGCUGUAAAAGUGACCGCUAUAUCCCAUGAAACAGAAUUAUUAUUAUGUUGAAUAGUUGUAUGUACAAAUAUGAUUCAUUCAAAUAUUUUACAAGACCGACUUAUAAUACUUGUGUUUGUCUUGCUGGCAGAAGUCUUCUUUGUGGGAAUGUGCAAAUUGGGCGCAUUUCCCCUGUAAAUGUUACUAUUGAUGACUGCUAUUUUCAUGAUUUCUACGAAAAGUUUUGUAAAAACCAAACAAAAAGGAAAUCUUUAUUAACAAUAUGAAUUAUUUGAUUAACAUUGAGACUAUGAGAGAUGGCCUUCCUGUAAAGCGGGCCUUUCUGGAUAAUGGGUUUCUGGAUAACAGAUCCCAUACCUGCACUUCAAAGAAAACAAUGAUUUACCACUUUCAGAAACUGCUUUUUUUCUCUGUAGUAAUAAAACAGUAUUUUGUACUUCAUCCCAACUAAACAAUCCUGUUGGGUUUAAUUGAUGUAUAAGUGAAUUUGGAAAAUACAAAUUAUGUAAAGACCCCUUAUCCGGGAAAACAUCAGGUCCCGAGCAUUCUGGAUAACAGGUCCCAUAUCAGUAGUUCCAUGAAGCCUAUUAUUAAAAAAGCACCAAAACAUUACAGUCUGAGCUGAUUUUCACUAAAAUGAACAUUAUUAUUAUGUACUGCACAUGGGGCAGAUUAUUUGGUAGAAGAUUUAUAUUUGUUCCCUCUAGUUGUAAUACUUCAUUAUAAUUAAAAAGCUUUAUUAAUUAAUGUCACUUCAAAGUCUCACUGAUUUAAGUUGUAAGCAAGGAAGGUGCAGGAUAGGAAAAUUGUUAUACUUAGAAUAGACAUUUAGGGUCAGAUUUAUCAAGGGUCGUAGUAAAAAAUUAGAAUUUCAAGCUAUUUUUGUGUAUUCGAUUCGAAUUUGAAAAAAAUUGGAAUAUUUGAAUAUCGAAAUGUAUCAUGUACUGUCUCUUUAAAACUUCGACCAUUCGCCAUCUAAAACCUGCCGAAUUGCUGUUUUAGCCCAUGGGGGACCUCCUAAAACCUAUUUGGAGUCAUUUGGUGGACUUGCCCCAUCCACUAGCUGCUUUUCAGAACCGAGAUGGCGUGUGUUUCACUUUGCUGAUCUGUUUCAUGAGGCAGACUAGUCUGGUAAAUGGAGGGAGACAUUCAGAAUAUAGGAAAAGGGGCUCAUGAGCAGAGGCUGCAGAAGCUGUAGUUUGAGCGAGUCCUGCACAGAUCUAUUGUGUGACAUCUUGUGAUGUAAGAAAAUAUAAACAAGUCCCUGCUACUUUAGCAAUAGGGAAAUAUGUUCUCAAAAGCUGACCAUCCCCUUAACACUUUAGAUUGCUUGACCACUGUCGAAUCUAUCAUCCAUCAUUAAUGGAUAUUGGUAUAAGCUUGCACUGAAAAGUCCAAUAACUGUGACUGAUAAGUAUAUGAUGAACUUUGUAUUUCAAUUCAGUAUUCUUUCAUACCUGGGCCUUGUUCAUGUCAGUUCCCCACAAUUCUGGAUCUUUUCAUAGUAGGAAACUGACAGUUGAAAAGGAGAGGCAAAAAUAUUAUAGAUUCAGUGUUACUGCUACUUAUUUUGCCUCAAGUUUAAGGCAAAUUCAAUGAUUUAGUAAAGCACAAUAGGCAAAUCAGUGGCUCAUGUUAAAAAGCAGUUGCAUUUCCUCUUGAUCUUCAACUAUUUGGGUCUUCAAAAAAAAAAAAAAAGAAAACAAUGCAGGAGCCAUUACUGUGCAGUGUUUGAUCUGAUAAUUAUUACA